UCCUCGAUUGGGAAAGAUUCGAUUUACUACGGAACCAUCUAUGUUGCGUUUACAUCGCAUGCAUGCGCUCUCGUUUGCCCACGUGCCUCUCUCAUGCCGAGCAGCACCUCACAACUGAACAUACCGUUCCGCAUCACACGCCAAGUGGCCAUCACCUCAUUCCGCACACCCAUCACCUCGCCACGCCGCACUUGGAGCAGCCAUGGCGGCACUGCCGUCAGGCCCUGCCGCCAUCUGCCUUUCUCUGCGACUAACGCCUCGACCUCCUAGUGGCUCGCGGAGAGCGGCGAUUAGUAUUGUGCAGUUCGCGCUGGCGGUGGGCGCUGUGUGUCAUUCCAGCCAUGGCCUCCGACAUCCCAUUCAAAUCACAAGUCCACCACGGACGGACUGGGGCGCAGCAGGAGUUGACCUUCGGCGCCGAGCGAAUGGUGUCGCUGCUGGUGGGGCCGGACAGGACGCCGUUCCUCUGCAGCGCGUCGCUGCUCUCGCGGCACUCGCCGUUCCUCGCCUCGCUGCUCAGCGACCGAUGGACCGCCGCUGCUGCCCACAGCAGCGAGGAUGGCGCGGAGGCCGUGGCGCGGGAGGAGAGCGGUGAAAGGGGCGGUAGCGCGGCGGUGGAUACUUUCGAGCUCAUGUCCGUGGAUGGCGGAGACUUCGCUCAAGUGAUGCUGCUCCUGGCGUACAAGCAGCUCCAGGUACCAUCCACCAGCCAAUGAAGUCAUGUCGUUCGUUUCUGGUGUGAUGCGUUUCUGCAUCCACGGCUGUCUUCCCGCAGACUCAACCAGAUCUUGCUAUCGAGGAGCUGGAAUCCCUACGAUCCACGCUGGACUUCCUCAAGGUUGACGUGGACAGCCACAAUGCACAUGGCGGCAGGGACCUUCACAGCAAUGACAAGAAGGGAAGCAACUCCCCUUGCAGUUCUACUGCGACCACCAGCUGCGUCUCCCUGACCUCCUUUUCCUGUCCGCCGCUCGUGCAGCAGCUGCGGCCAGUGCCUAUAGUGCGCGUGCCGCCGGGGUGCGAGGACCCGCUGCUGUUUGAGCAGCCGGACGAGUUCUCCAAGUUCCGCCUCAACCUCCGCCACCAUGCCAUCCUCUGCACCAUCUGCUGGGCCAGCGGCCAGGGACUCAGGAGCGGCCACAUCUGCGGCCACGGCCACCUCUGGGCUUUGGUUGACCGGACACAGCGGAAGGUAGUGCAGCCAGACCUCUGUACGACCCGGCUGUGCCUCUACUCCAAGCUGCGCAACAUGUAUGACGACCAGAGAUUGGGUUCGGUGCAGAUACGACAGGAGCUUAGCAUUCAGUCCCUCGUGCUGCCCAUCACACUGCCUGCAGGGGGGUCCUUGCAUUGCCCACAGUGCAGGAGCCUCCGCUGCCUAGUCUACCUCUUUCGAACCUCUGCCUGGUGUGCGGACUGUGGGUGGAAGUGGGUGCCGCAGACCAUUCCAGACAUGUCCUCCUUUUUCCACACGGCUGUGGAGCAAGCCAAGGAGCUCCUAGAGGAGUGCAUCCGUUUGUACAGCUGGCAGUAAGCAUGCUGGCUGGCUACGAGUUCUUCGUGAUCUGGUUAUAGUCCUAGAAGGUGUUGCGGUAAGAUAAGACGCAUAUGCCCACCUUCAUGUGCAAAGUAUGGCGUUAUUAGUG